AUGCCCCGCAAACGACUGAAUACCCAGGAGGCUCCGCGAAAGCGUAACAGGACUGGCUGCAACAAAUGCCGCGCUCGCAAAGUCCGGUGUGACGAGCAGAAACCAAUCUGCAGUCAAUGUCGCGCCAAGGGAUUUGAUUGUGAAACGAGCAUCAAGCUCAAGUGGGAGCAGGACUAUACCAGUGCUGGGCGAGCCUUUGGUCGAGCUGGAUUGUGGACUAAGAAGUCUGCCGAGAAAGCAAAUGCUUCUUCGCCGUGCAUACAUGUCAAUGAUGAUGAGGUAUCAUGGAUCCAAGUUCCUCAGAUCUUUUCAUACAGCUUUGUCAACGCCACGGUAGGGAACGUUGAGCAGCUGACUACUCUGGAGGCCAUCGCAUCAGAAGCUUCGCCAAUCUUGGAUGUCGUCCGUACGAAUGACCGAGACGAUGCCUUAAGCACUGCUUCUCUUUCACCAUGGCUUUCUGCCAGACAGCCUGUUUUCUUGCCUCGCCACAGUUUCAUACCCUCUUCACCACCAAUGCUCCCGGAUCUGCCUAGCCCAAUGCACUCAAGCCUACUCUCGUAUUACCUGGACAAAAUCUGUCCGAUUACUGUUCCAAGCUCUGUCAACAAGUCUCCUUUUGCCAAUUUGAUCCUGCCAUUCUCAAUAACAUCAUCGCCCGCUGUCUUGGAGGCUUUGCUUGCGCUCGCUGCAUGCCACAGAUCAAAGAAUGACACUGCUUUCCGUUCGACAUCACUCAAGCUUGGACAUAACGUUCUUCGGACUCUGAGAGGAAGGCUUGCCACUGAAGAUGCCCUCCAAGUUGCCAUGGAUCCAGAGACACUAGUCAUCAUGAUGAUUCUCUGUCAAUAUGAAAUCAUCAACGAGUGUGAUAAGCGCUGGGUGGUCCAUUUGAAGGGAGCUCGAGAUUUGAUUCGCGUGAGAAGAAAUGCUCAGCUCUAUCCCUCUUCUGGGCAGUCUUCCAACGAGCUUGUCGAAUUUGCCGAAAAGUACUUCGCUUUCCAGGACGUGAUCGGACGAACAGCUUGUGGAGAAGAGCCUAUCUUUGGCAGCGACUUUUGGACGUCGCAGGGCGAAGACACAGACGCCUGGCUCGGCUGCUCGGCUGGGCUUGUCUCUAUCUUAUGCGAGAUCACAGAAUUGAGCCGCCGACAUCGAUCACGACCAGAAGUAAGCCUUCUGCCCGAGUUCCAAUACCAAGCAGCAUCCCUAGAGCGCCGACUUUGCAGUUUGAGGCAGAGAGUCUUUGACGAAGAAGAUGAUAUUCUCUCACUCUCCGCCGAGCUGAAGAGAAUGGCGGCCGAGCUAUAUCUUCAUUGCGCUCUCAAUGGUGCAACCCCUGCAAUGCCCCUUGUUGUUGGACAUGUACAACAGGUACUUCGCCUAGUUUCUGUUCUUCUCGAGCACGGAGUACUUGCAGGCUUGAGCUGGCCUUUAUUUGUUGCUGCUGUUGAGCUCGAUCCUAUGGAAGAUCUUGAGUGGUCGAGCAAAAACGAUGUCUCUAACGAUGUACCAAAUCACGCUCGACCUUUCGUCUUGUAUGCUCUGGAUCGCUUAAGCGGCUCGAUUACCAACGUCACCAAAACAAGAUCUGUCAUCGAGCAGGUAUGGCUUGCAAGAGGCCAUGAUGAUUUUUCUGACCUCCGACCGGAAGGAUACGAGAAAGGUCAAAACGACUGGGAGCGAUAUGUCGCUCCAUUGUGUGGCAAUAUGAGCCUUGCUUGA